GGUGCCUGUGCAGGGGUGGGGUGGGGUGAUGGGGUACCCUUCAGGACAGGGACUUUCCCAGGUUUGGGAGGGCUGCCGGCCUGGCCGUCGUCUGGGUGUUGUGUGAGAGCCAAACUUGGAAGAAAAUCAGAAACCUCCCUCUGGAAAUACCCCUUGGGCUGGAAGUUGUGGCGGUCCUGAGGCCGGUGCUUGUGGGGGCGGUUCCUACAGGGCUUAAGAAGGGCUGAGGUUGGAGCCGGCGGCCAGAAGGAGACAGCCCCGGCCAGCGGCACCCGCUCUCUGGAAGGGGGGAAGGAAGGAAAGAAAGAAGGGAAAACCAGUCCUGCUGCUGCCCUGUGGGUGAUGGAGCCAGCUCCUGUCCUUCUCCUCCUCGGCUCGCUGUGGGGCUGCAGCGGGCACCCCACUGACAGGCUGGUGGUGACACCGCGGGAGCCGGUGGUGCCGUUUGGGGGCUCGACAGAGCUGAACUGCUCCUUGGCCUGCCCAAGGGGCAAGGUGGAGUGGAGGGGGCUGGACACCGCCCUGGGGACCAUCUCCUCCUUCCCCACCCACAGCAUCCUGCACAUCAGGCACGCCACCGUGGCCACGGAGGGCAUGAAGAUCUGCCAGGGCAGCUGCCAAGGGCAGCACUACCAGAAAACUGUCACCCUGAAGGUCUACGCCCUCCCAGACACGCUGAGGCUGGAGGCAGCUCCCCAAAUCCUGCGCCCAGGACACCCCGCCAACCUGAACUGCUCGGCCGUGCACCUGUAUCCCAUCACUGGGGUGGCCCUCAUCUGGUACCGGGGGCACCAGGUGGUGAAGACAGACUUUGAUUUUGAGGAGACCGAUGAGGAGCUGUAUAACAUCGUUUCCAUCCUGUCUGUGAAUGGGACAGAGGUGGCAGAAGGGGUGGAGUUCAGGUGUGAGGUGACGCUGCAUGUUGGGCAGGAGACCUUCACCCAGGUGGCAUCUCUGGUGGCAAGCACCAAGGCUGUGACGGAGCAGCCGGUGGCUAUGGUCACCUCCACAGGGAGCCCCAGCACAGCCAGGCCCGUGGCCACCUCAACACUUCCCCCAGGGCUGAGCAUCCCUACAAGUGAUCCCACCACAGCACAGGAGCCCAACACUGGGACCACCCUGAAUCUGGCUGCUGUCACCAACCCCCCCUCCACAGAGCCCGCUGUGCCCCAGGACCUCAUUGCAGGCAGCCCCACGGCACCUGUGGCCACCACCACGCUCCGGCACUCUGGCACGAUGGGGACAGGGUCAUCUGUGGGGACAGGGUCAUCUGUGGGGACAGUGCCUGCCUGCAGCCUGCAGAUCUGGUCGCUGCCUCCCACCGGGAUGCGGGGCAGGGCCCUGCGCAUCGAGUGCCACGCGCAGUGUGCCGGGAACGCCACGGCGCGCUGGCUCCGCACCCCCGCAGCCCUCUCAAAGUACCAGGAGGAGUCCACGGGCAGCAGCUCCACGCUGCGGCUAGACCACGCUGAGCCCUGGCACCAGGGCCGCUACCAGUGCGUCCUGCUCGGCCAACGCGCCCAGAUGGUCGGCCUGGAGGUGAUGGUCGUGGAAGAUUCCUUCAGCUUGAGCCCUGCCAUUGCUAUGGGGACAGCGGGAUCCCUCUUGGGGCUCAUCGUGGCCGCUGCCGUGUCUCGACGCCUGUGGAAACGAUUCAGAUCCCGGUAGCAGCUGUCCUAGCAGUGGGACCAACCGACUGAUGGCCCCAGCCCUCCAGCCGUGUCCCUGCUGUCCCCCUGUCUGUCGCUGGCUUCGCCCAGCCCCUGGCCAGCAAGGAGUGGGAGCAGGAGCGGGAGCAGCUGCCUGCGGCCACCGCGGAACACAAAGGCUGGAAGGGCAACGAGCAGAGGCGACACAGGGACGGGGCCAGGGACGCUUCCGGGACUGGAUCCCCGCGGGCUGGCACCGAACACUGGGCUGAGCCCGGUGCUUGGGGCUCCCGGCACCAGCGGACGGGCGGGAGCGCGAAGGCUGCUUGUCCGUCACACCAAAAGGCUCUGAGGCAGCCCCGGGGGCAGCGUGGGCUCGGCAGGCGGGUGGGACCCGUGCUCCAAUAAAGAGCUGUUUCUAUUCGA